AUCAUAAUUGCACGGUGGCGUGAGUUGGAACAUGUGGCUAAAACACCAAUCAAUUAGAUCAAUUGACGAAAACGCCCCUGGCUUAAACACAAUCUAUCGGCACAUUGAUAUUAUUGACUUGAAUAAAAAAGUCUUUUCCGGCCCGAAAAGAAUAAAAAGUACCGGGAAAAUAAUGUAAUUACCCGAAAAAACUCACACACAAUAUUGGCUGUCUAUAAAUACCUUCGCGAAAACCCUUCGCAAACUUUCGCCGCCGCUAUCUGGCUUCACCAGUCCGACUCUGACCCCGACCCGACUGUAGCAACCGGAUCCGAAUCGGCCAUAGAUUUAUGCAAUCCUCACCAUCUGAGUACGAGUACUCGGACUCGUAACCCAGAUCCGAUCAUCGCUUCGCCAUGGGAGACUUCAACAACGAUGCUUUCAUGCGCGGCCAAAACGCCGCCGUUCAGGGCCGAACCAAGGCCCAGAACCGCCAAAAUGUUCUUCAGCUCAAGAUGAUUGGGCAGAGCCACCCCACUGGUCUAACAACCAACCUUUUGAAGCUGUUUGAGCCUCGACCGCCGUUGGAUUUCAAACCGCCUCCGGAGAAGAAAAAGUGCCCACCUUUGACAGGGGUAGCGCAAUUUGUGAGUAAGUUUGCGGAGCCUGGAGAUCCUGAGUAUAAUCCGCCUGUCCAAAAGGGUGAAACUCCUACACAAAGAAGGGCUCGAAUACACCAGUUAAGGCUUGAGAAGGGUGCAGCAAAGGCUGCGGAAGAGUUAGAGAAAUAUGAUCCGAAUAAUGACGCAAGCAUUUCUGGAGAUCCAUACAAGACUUUGUUUGUUGCUAGACUCAAUUAUGAGACAACUGAGAGCAGAAUCAAAAGGGAGUUUGACGUUUAUGGUCCAAUCAAGCGGGUUCGAUUGGUCGCUGACAAAGAAACAAAUAAACCUAGAGGCUAUGGAUUCAUUGAAUACAUGCAUACAAGGGACAUGAAAGCUGCAUACAAACAAGCUGAUGGGAGGAAAAUUGAGGGAAGAAGGGUACUUGUUGAUGUUGAACGUGGUAGAACAGUUCCUAACUGGCGACCCCGCCGACUGGGUGGUGGGCUUGGAACUACCAGAGUUGGAGGUGAAGAUGUCAAUCAGAGAUAUUCUGGAAGGGAGCAAGUACAAUCUGGAGGACAACCCCGGUCUGAGGAGCCAAGGGCACGCGAGGAGCGACAUGUAGACUUGGAUAGAGAAAAAUCCCGUGAAAGAGGAAAAGAGAAAGAAAAGGAAAGAGAACGGGAGAAGUCCCGCGAGCGCUCUCGUGAACGCUCCCAUGACAAGUCUAGAGACCGUGAUCACAGGGAAGAUAGGCACCACAGAGAUCGUGAUAGAAACAGGGACAAGGACAGGGAUAGGGAAAGAGAUCGUGGUGGUCGUGAUCGGGAUCGUACUCGUGAACGAGGACGGGAUCGUGGUCGUGACUAUGAGCAUGGUCGUGAUCGAGAUAGAGACCGUGAUCGGGAGCGUGAUCGUGAUCAUCGCUCUAGAGACAGGGAGAGGGAUUAUGAAGUUGGGGAGCCUGAGCAUGAUCGUGGCCGUUCCCAUGACCGUAUUGAAUCAAAACAUGAGAGGGUCCGACAUGGGGAUCGGGAGCGGGGUUAUGACCACACUGCCCAAGAAGACGACCAGGGUUGGUUUGAACAACCUGGGCAUGGCCAUAGGCACUCAGAGCCAGAUGAUGAUGCUGAGCCCUAUGAGCAUCAUCGUAGCCAGUAUGAUCAAUUGGAAGUCCAGCAUGAUGAUGAUCGCUACAAACAGUAUCCGGACAAUGCUCAUGAUCGCUAUGAUCGAAUGGAAGAGGAUGAUUACCAUUAUGAACAAGCACCAGCUGAUCCCCGUGAAAGGGAGAGGGGUGGAGAUGUCGAGCGAGAUUAUCAGAGGUCAUCUAGAUCACUAUCUCGAGACUACAAUGAGUAUUAAGACUGAAAUUCGAAACCUCUCAAGCCUCCGGACCUCACUGGUGAGAUAUUCACUCUACUUGGUUUGAUCAGUGCUCGAGAUUGCGUCUUAUGCAGCAGCUACUUUCUGUGGUGUGGAUCUUAUUGCUAUAUUAUUUUUCUCGUUCUUUCGUCUAAUUUAGAGACCGUGUUUAAAUGUUUUGCGAUGAAGAUGUCUUUAAGUUUUGGAAAUAUUGUGUGUGUUGUUGGGUGGUUUUAAUGUUUGAACGUUUGUGCUGGUGGAAAUAGGUAGAGAUUUUUCACCUCUUAUCAAAUUUGUGAGAAUUAAUUGUUUCCUGUGACAUUUUAUUUCUCUUGAAAAUCCUGUUAAUUUUGGGCUGGAAUGGUAUGAGGUCCAAACUGUA